AUGUCUCGCGACAGGAGCUCCCGGCGGUUCUAUAGGGCCGACUCCACACACGAUCUGCUGUCCUAUAUGGACCGGGGUCAGGCUGCGAACGAGGAGAACCGAUGGACGUUUGAGACUGCUUGGGAGGCGGCGAAUAAAGUUGGUGGUAUUUAUACUGUGAUAAGAUCGAAGGCGUAUGUCUCCGUCGAAGAAAUGGGAGAGAACUAUUGCUUAUUAGGUCCGUACAAGGAACACUGCGCUCGGACUGAAGUUGAAGAAGACGAUUUCCCCCAAAAUUCUCCACUCACCACCGCUGUCAACGCAAUGAGGAGCCAAGGUUAUAAGCUACAUACAGGCACGUGGCUGGUGGACGGCAACCCUCAGAUCAUCCUGUUCGACAUAGGCUCCGGGGCUUGGCAGAUGGACAGUUUCAAACAAGAGCUGUGGGACACCUGCUCGCUGGGUAUCCCACACUUGGACGUGGAGGCCAACGACGCUGUCAUACUUGGCUUCAUGGUCGCGCAGUUCAUAACUGAAUUUCGAAAAGCGGUCGAGAGCUACAGUGACACUCCGCCACGUGUCGUGGCACACUUCCACGAGUGGCAAGCGGGCAUCGGACUUAUUGUUCUCAGAGUACGUCACGUAGAUGUCGCCACUGUGUUCACAACUCACGCUACACUGUUGGGAAGAUAUUUGUGUGCUGGCAACACUGACUUUUACAACAACUUGGAUAAGUUUUCAGUGGACGAGGAGGCGGGAAAGAGACAAAUAUAUCACCGAUACUGCAUGGAGCGCGCCGCCUGUCACAUGGCGCACAUCUUCACUACAGUCUCCGACAUCACUGGGUUCGAAGCGGAACACCUCCUGAAAAGGAAACCCGACAUCAUCACACCGAAUGGCCUGAACGUGAAGAAGUUUUCUGCGCUGCACGAGUUCCAAAACUUGCACGCACUCGCUAAGGAUAAGAUACACGAGUUCGCGAGGGGUCACUUUUAUGGACACUUCAACUUCGACUUAGACAAGACGCUGUAUUUCUUCAUCGCCGGCCGCUACGAAUUCGGCAACAAAGGGGCCGACAUCUUUAUAGAGGCUCUUGCUCGACUCAAUCAUUACUUAAAGUCUUCAGAUUCGGAGGUAACGGUGGUAGCCUUUAUGAUCUUCCCGGCGAAGACCAACAACUUCAACGUGGAGAGUCUCCGUGGCCAUGCGGUAACGAAGGCGCUACGUGACACCAUACAGGAUAUACAGCAGAAGAUCGGCAAGCGGAUGUAUGACAUAUGCCUAAGAGGUCAUCUUCCCGAGGCGUCGGACCUUCUGCACAAAGAAGACACGGUGCGGUUGAAGCGUUGUAUAUACGCGCUGCAAAGGGACGGCCUGCCCCCAGUCACUACGCACAAUGUCGUCGACGAUUGGAGCGAUCCAGUGUUGAAUUCGAUCCGUCGGUGUCAUCUGUUUAACACUGUGAACGACAAAGUCAAGGUGAUCUUCCACCCGGAGUUCCUGACGUCCACGAACCCGCUGUUCGGACUGGAGUACGAAGAGUUCGUGCGCGGCUGCCACCUGGGCGUGUUCCCGUCGUACUACGAGCCGUGGGGCUACACGCCCGCCGAGUGCACCGUCAUGGGCAUACCCAGCAUCACCACCAAUCUGUCCGGGUUCGGCUGCUUCAUGCAAGACCACAUCGCGGACCCCAUGUCGUACGGUAUCUACGUGGUGGACCGAAGAUACAUCUCCGUCGAGGGCUCCGUGCAGCAACUGGCACAGUACAUGUAUGACUUCACCAAGCUGAGUCGCCGACAGCGCAUCAUACAGAGGAAUAGAACAGAACGAUUGUCAGAUCUCAUGGACUGGAGGAAUCUGGGCAUUUACUACAGGCAAGCGCGUGCACAAGCCCUGAAGAUCGUUUAUCCAGACUACGUGGACCACAUGGACAAGCAACUGGGCAAACGGUUUAACUACCCUCGGCCCAUUUCCGAGCCACCCAGUCCUACACAUUCGAGAGCAACAACGCCAGCCGCUUCGGUUCACGGCUCUGAUGAAGAAGACGAGGUCGAUGAAGAGAAAGAACUGGCGGAGUUGAGAAUAACUGAUUAA